AUGUCAAUAGCUCCAAUGCUUAUCCCACCGUCGGUGAAGCCAGAUUUGCCACCUGACUAUCGGGGCGCCGAGUGCCCGCAGCAACAGCAACAACAGAACUGCGAGAUACCCACCGACUGUUCGGCAUUUCGACCGAAAUCACCAAGAAAAUCGGCAUCAGAGGGCUUCUCAACCCCACCAGGACCGCCGAGUUCGGGAUUUCUGAGCGCCUUCAAAGCGCCCCACUCCGUACCACCUUCAAUGGGCCUCGGUGGCGUGUCGGCUGAUGACCUGGCCUGUCUGCAGAGCGGCCGAGCCCAUUACUAUGGCUCGCCGGAAACGCCUGAGGUUGAAGAUCUGGAGUUUGACACAACAAAGGGGAAGGUUACCCUAUGGCAAUUUCUCCUACAACUUCUGCUGGAUCCACGCUACUGUGACAUCAUUCGGUGGACAAACAAUGCUGGGGAGUUUGUUCUACUUCGAGCUGAAGAAGUUGCACGUUUGUGGGGUCUUCGAAAAGACAACAAUCAUCGAAUGAAUUAUGAUAAGCUUUCUCGUGCUCUGCGCUACUACUAUCAGAAGAACAUCAUUCGUAAGGUUCAAGGACACAAGUUUGUCUACCAAUUUAUUGGUCUGCAUCGAUUGAAAGGUCUCAUUCGAACGCAGAGUGUAGAGGAGGGGGGUGUCGAGUCAAUCUUCCCCGUGGAACUAAUUAAACCUCAACGACGACAGUCGACCUCAAACAAGCCACUAGUCGGCAUUUCGUCGGACGGUUGUUUCAACGGUUUCCCGUCAUUUUACAAACAGACGACUUCGCCAUUUAUGGACCCCUUCAAUAACUCGCAAAUUUCUAAGUCACCGCAGGUGCUUUCUUCCUGUCAAGAUGUACCAAAAUUAAGCCCCAGCCACUUUCAACCUCCCUUCUCCUCCAAUUUGAGCCAAUCUUUCAACUUUGGGGUGCCAAGUACCUCUUCCGCAUCUUUCUCCUUCCCUCCAAUCCAAUCUAGCCCUUCCUCGGAUUUCCCAAAACGCUAUUCCAACCUUCCAAAAAAUCGUGAAAACUCCACAAUGGAAAACUUUGGAACCAUGGCUUCCCUUGUGUGUAAGGACGUGUUUCAAGCCCUUCUACCACCAAAUCGACCCUCCAAACGUUCUUCUUCACCUGACUGUCAUUGCAGUUGUCAUGGUUCAUUGGCCUUGUCUCCAAGAGCCGGCGAGAAUCGAUCUCUGCAUUUUAACUCCAACCCUCCCCAUUCUUCUCAUCCAUCAGUUCCGAUGUCAGUACAUCGAAAGCCUCGAUCACUGGAUUGCUGGUCUCCAAUAAGUGGAAGUCAACAUGACGAACCUCUCCCACCUCCGCCUCAUGCACCCGAUCAUCGGUCAUUCCUCCAUUGGCAACGCCAUAUGAUUAAUAUGACUCGACUGAAAGAGCAGAUUCAACGAGUUUCUGGGCGUACCGAGGAUGGAAAGCCUCCUUUGCAACCGCUGCCACUACAUCAUCAGUCCCAGUCGAUUUUUCGACCUUUUGACGUGCCACGGAAUGAAAGCAGAAAGUCAGAGGAGAUGGACAUUGAAACAAAAUCCUGUCAAAAGGUGAUUGGAGGUUUGUCGAGUGCUUCUGCUUCCGGUACCAACGGGAACAACACUGGCAAUAACAGUAGCAACAACUCCAAUGAUAAUGGAAAUUACAUUUGGAUGCCAAUUCAAGUGGAUCUGGUGGAGCACUUUAUGUCGAUGCUCUCGCAGACCCUGCAAGAUCGAAAGCCCAGAGAGCCACCAUUGGCACACUCCUCGCCACAUUGUUGA